AUGACCGCAAAUUCGCCGAUAUCGCGAGAGCUACAAAUUUUGAAAAUUCUAGAGAGGCAAUCUCCGAAAGGGCUUUCUGCAAACUAUAUUGUUCAGCUGCUUGAUGCCUUUAUACAUAAAGGCCCUAACGGAACCCACCAAUGUCUUGUUUUUGAAUUACUUGGUCUUUCAGUUGAUAAGGUCCUCUCGGACUACUAUGAGGCUCACGAUGAACUCGACUCGGAAACUGUGCUACGAAUUUCUACGCAGCUUUUAAAAGCCGUCAAAUUCAUUCACAGUGCCGGCAUAUGCCACGGAGAUAUCAGUAGUCGGAACAUUGCAUUUAGUUGUACUCAUUUGUCUAAACAGACUGAGGAGCAGCUUUUUGAUAUUCUUAGAUUCCCGGAAAUUGAGCCGCUGAAACGGGUUGAUAGCACGCCUCUGGACGAGGACGAUGAAGAUAUUCAGCUCCUCGAUUUCGGCGAGAAGAUGAUUUUCACUGACCACUUUGAUUAUCGCGUCGACUUAUGGCGCACAGGUUGCAUGAUUUAUUCCUUCUUAUUCACGACUUGGCCAUUCUGGUAUCUUAGCGAGGACGAAAUUUUAAUUUACCAGAUGAUUGGCUUCGUGGAGAGGUUGCCGGCUAAGUGGGAAUCAAUGCUGAGGAGUUCUAGACAUAAUCUGGAGCUAGAAGAUGAUUACGGAACCUCGAAGCUUGAACGGAAGUUUGCUGGUUUACCCGAUCCAACACUCAAACCUCUACUUCAUGUGAUCCAAGGGUUGAUGCGAUUUUUACCCUCUAGUCAUCUUACUGCAGAAGAGGCACUUGAUUUGCUGGGUAAUGUUCAAGAUUGA